ACAUAUCAAUUCAGACGACUUUCGAUAAGGACAUAAUCUUGGAAUAUUUGCAUAGUACGUUUUGACCACAUACAAUUAAACAUUGAAUGAGCAUAUUAAAUACGUCGUAUCUAUUAAUACAAAGGCAUUGUGAUUUCCGUAACUUAAUUUUUAUUUUGAGUAUGGUAACAUGAAUGCCAUUUUUAACUUCCUUUAACUGCAAGCUUUAGUCAAUACGAAGUUUAAAUAAUCAAUCUUAACGUGUUUCAAUAUUUUUUAUUUAAGUCAAUAUGGUAGAUUUAAUGUUCGAUUAUCAGUUUAGAUUAAUUUUAAUCGGUGACAGCACAGUAGGCAAGAGUUCAUUGUUGAAAUAUUUUAAUGAUGGAAAAUUUGUAGAAGUAUCAGAUCCUACAGUUGGUGUUGACUUUUUUGCUAGAACUAUUCAAAUACCCAAUGGCCCAAGAAUAAAAUUACAACUUUGGGAUACAGCUGGUCAAGAGCGAUUUAGAUCAAUAACAAAGUCAUAUUAUCGUAACUCGGUAGGAGCUCUGUUAAUAUAUGACAUUACCAAAAGAGCCAGUUUUGAACACAUACCUGUUUGGAUGAAUGAUGCUAAAAGACAUAUUGAACCACAUCGACCUGUUUUUGUUUUAGUGGGUUGUAAACUAGAUUUGGUAAAUAAUGGUUCAUUUAUCAUAGAAUAAAAAGUGGAGAAUAUCAAAUGGAAGAAGGUUGGGAUGGUAUUAAAAGUGGGUAUUCCCAUCAUUCAGCAAACAUAGACUUUAAUAACUAUAUUGAAGCUGAACCAGCAAAAUCAUGUUGCUAGCCUUUCUUCUAUAAACAUUGACAUACUUAAAAAGUAUUAUCUCUACACUGAGAUAAUGGUGUUUUUUGAGAAAAACUUAGCUUUAACAAUUUUUGUUUUGACAAGUUUUAAUUGUAAGAAUAAAUGUAAAGAACUAUUUAGAAAAAUGGUACAAAAGACUAAAAUUUAUGAUUUAUUUAUAUAGACUUUUAUUGAUAUUACAUGUUAAUAGAUUUAUAAUUUUUUUUUGCACAUAUAUUUUUUAUAAUGACUAUAAUUUCUAGGCUUUAUAUGAAUUGUAUUAAUUAUAUUUAUGAAUUAUCUUAAAAAUAAACUAAUAAAAUACUGACAACUA